AUGGCCCUUCGGAACUCCUCGGAAGCCGCCGGGAGCGCGCUGCCCGCGGACGAUGAGAACAAGAGCCGCAGGGAGGGCCUCGGUCGAUGCCCCGCCGUGCUCAGCCGAGCUUUGGCGAUGCUUCUGGCCUUCCUGGUGGUGCCGAGUGCAAGAUCUCUGGGCACUGCCGCCGCGGCGACCUUCGCUUACCUUGCGACGGCGGCCCUGGCUAGAUUCUGGAGGCCCUUGAGCGCGCGGGGCGCGAACGCGCGUCCGCGGUUGGAUGCCCUCAGGCAGCUGCUAGGGUGGUUCACCUUGAGCUGCUGGUUCUGGGCCUGUUUUUGGCCCCUGUUCUUAUACUUCGCCUGUUGGAACAACGGCUGGAUUCCUGGCUUCCGACCUCUGCGGCCAGGCUAUCGGCCUGAGAGAUGCAAUGGCGCUGAGCUGGCUCAGGAGAUCUUGCAGAUGGGCGGCUUUGCAAAUGAGACCGUGCACUGGGACGCGAGCGCCCACCGCUGCGACUGUGACCUGCCCGACUACGGGGCAGAGGGUGGCCGCUGCAAGACGGACCGUGGGGAGCGCUUCCCCCGCUUUACGGUCAUCAGCGCCCUGAUCGAUGCGGGCCGGCGCGACCGCAGCGGCUGCGACUACCUCCGCAUGUUUGGGCCACACAUGCACCGGCACUACGACCUGGUCUUCUAUGGCGAGGCCUGGGCCUUGGAAGUAGUGGACUCAGUGAGGGCGAAGCUCAACCUCCGGCACCGAACCCGGCUGCGGCUUCUGGAGGUGCCCGGGGAGGACGCCUCGGAGGACGUCUACGCCCGCUGGGGCCGGCCGGCGAGCCUGGCCUUCCACCACCUCCGGGAGGAGAUGCAGCUGAUUGCGGACCGGAAGUACUUCCGGUACCUUCUCAACCAGUUUCAGUCAGGCAUGGGCGGCAAGAUGAUGGCCAACUAUGCUUGGGCCACUAACGAAAAGGUGAACUUUGUUGUGCAGGCAGCUCGCGAGAACUACUUCCAGAACUCUUCUGACAAUUUCAACGCAGGGCAGAGCUACUUCGUGUGGCUUGACGUUGGCGCUGGUCACGGCUUCGUCAAGGUUCCUGAGCACUUUUGCGCCUGCAACGUGGCGGUGCCAGGGACGGUGACGUUGUUCCACCAGCUGCGCACCACAGAGGAGCUCUUCGAGGGCACUGUGCCUCAAAGUGGAGGCCCGCUCAGGUUCCGGCCCCUCCCGCUGGGCGAGGUGACGAUGAGCAACUAUCUGUCAACUCAUGAUCUUACGCACCAUUUCGAAGAGAUCAUGGGCACUUUUUGGGGUGGAGACCUGGCCGGUAUCGAAAUGCUCUGGGAAAGCUGGAACGCCACUGUCCAUCAGCUGUUCGCCCACGGUGCGAUUGAUCAUGACCAAGGGUCACUUUGUCUGGUUGCUUCCUCUCAGCCCAAAUGGCUGCGCUACAUUGCCAGCAACUUCUUUGGAGUCCUCCAUCUGUGCUGA